CUCUAGUGUCAUGUUUCCCACUUCUCUCACUUCUCUGUCUUCACUCCUCUGCACCUGACGCUGGAGACGUCGCGCUGCAGAGUCCGGAUCACUUUGUUUGGACCUGGUUCUCUGUUCCUGAAGUGGUCCACAGAUCAGGGUCAGUGUUUGGAUUAAAUACAAAAUAUCUGCGCCCUCCUGAAGGACCAGGAUUCAUGAGGAGAGGGGGUGUAAAUGGAGAAGUUCCUGCAGAUCGCUCCUCACUCCCUGGCUCUGGUGCUGUCUCAGGUCUGCAGGGGGGAUGAAGAGGAGAAGAAAGAUGAAGAGGACUCGCCAUCAUCAUCAUCGCCACCACCACCACAACCGCUCUCGGUGACUUCACAGCAUCGCACCGGCUACGAGGUCUUCGCCAGUUUCAAGGCCGUGAACAUGCAGCAUUUCUGGAACCAGGCUCUGACGCGCGCCCUCUCCGAGAUCCUGUUCCUCGGCUGGAUGGACGAACAUGUGCUGCUGGUCAAGGGCCGAGAGUUUCAUCUGCAGGUGCUCAGGAACGGCUGGACCAGGAGGACGCUGAGGCCCCCGCUGGGAUUUGACAUCAAGUGCAUGGGUGACGUCUCUCCGAUCAGUAUGUCGCCCAUCAGCCAGUCACAGUUCAUCCCGCUGGGGGAGAUCUUGUGCCUGGCCAUCUCUGCUAUGAACUCUGCCCACAAGCCCGUCAACCAGGAGGCUCUGGUGGAGCACCUCACUGCCAGCUUCCCAGGCGUGCCUACACCCAGCUCUGAGGUUCUGCGACAUACCCUGAACAUGCUGGUGCGAGAGAGGAAGAUCUACCCAACUCCAGAGGGCUACUUCAUCGUCACUCCCCAGACCUACUUUAUCACCCCCUCCCUCAUCCGAACCAACAACAAGUGGUACCACCUGGACGAUCGGCUGCAGGAGCGCCAACCGCAGCAGCAGCAGCAGCAGCAGCAGCAGCAGCAGCCUCAGCAGUGCACUUCGCCUCCGUCUGGCAACGUCACGCCAUCCACUCACCUGAGAGAGAGGCCUCCUCGGAAGAGCCACGGUGACUCAUACAACUCGUACCGGGACGAGCCCGCCAGGCUUCACGCCUCUGCGCUCCAGAGCAAGUCACCGAAGGAGCACCGGGGAGAUUCGUAUCAGAGUAAGCCACCCAAGGACCACGUGGGCGGCGGGGAACCUCAACCGAGCACGACGGCCAAGGAGCACCGAGGAGAACCGCCCUCGUACCCCCACCCCCCGCUCCCCUCCCCUCCUGUCCAGCAGAAAACGCCAACUCAAGAGCCGGCCGACAAGAGCAAAAGCCUCACUUCUUUCGCUUAUAAAACUGACACUCUGACCAAAAAGAAAGAAGGAAGUGGUGGCAGCGGAAGUGGCGAGAAGCAAUCCAAGAGGUUUGGACUCAGACUCUUCAGGCUGAGUUUCAAGAAGGACAAAAUGCGGCAGCUGGCCACCUUCUCAGCCCAGUUCCCCCCGGAGGAGUGGCCUCUUCGUGACGAGGAGGUGCCGACCACGCCCAUUCCCCGCGAGGUGGAGAUGGAGAUUAUCCGCCGAAUCAACCCCGACCUAUCAGUGGAGAAUGUGGCAAGGCACACGGCCGUGAUGAAGAGGCUGGAGGAGGAGCGUACGCAGAAGAACAAGGUGGGGUCGUCGGCCCAGCACAGUGCGCGCAGCAGGAGAGGGAGGGGCCACCGGAGGGCUCCACACGGUAAGUCCCGCUCUCAUAGCAAACCCCGGACCUCCAGGGGAGACCCGUCUGAGGGUUCGAACUGGGACCUGGUGUUCAUGGAAAGAGAUUACCGCUUCUUCAGCCACUCGCUCGUCCGCUCGCCUCGGGAGGCCAUGUACACGUUGGAGCGCAGGCGGAGCGGUGGCGCAACGUACCUGGUCCACAGCAACCCCAACAUCACCGAAUCGUCCUGCCCCGUUACCCCUGAGUGGGACGUGUCUGGGGAGCUGGCCAAGAGGCGGACGGAGAUGCCCUUCCCCGAGCCGUCGCGCGGGACGUGCCAGUCCAGAGUGCAGAGAAGUCACAGUCACAAUCAGGACAGGAAGUCGCGUCACGAGAGGUCCGAUCAAGCUAAAGAGCGAUCUCGGUCAAUGGACAACUCCCUCAAGGGCCUGUCGCUGGGCGCGCCUGAAGACUUCGACCCCAGUCUGGAGGAGCGUAGUCACUACUACACUGAUGAUGGCACCCUGCGAGCCACACAGAAGGCCUCCCACUACUCAAGGAUCAUGUUCUCUGCUGCUAAGUUCCACUCUGACUUUAAUGUGCCUGAUAUGGGGAAGGGGAGUUUGGACGAGUCCAGGAUUCGGAGUACAAUAGAAAGGAACAAAAGCAGAGACAGCUUGCCUACGUACAAUGAGCUAAUGGGACUUUCUCCUAAGCCCUCAACAGAUGAGUACUUCCAGUGCAAUACGUCAAACGAAACAAUCCUAACUGCCCCUUCGCCUCAGGCAAAAUCAGAAUAUGACACAUUAACCUCAUCAGGGGGACUCCGCAAGGGCUCUCCGGCUGACCGCCAAACGCCUCACCUCACCUCUCCUCACACGAUGGAGUACAAAGAGGACCUGUCGGCAGCGAAAGGACAGAACGGCUCGGUGCGACUGACGCCGAGCCAGACGCCGGAGCCCGUGCAAAAUGCCCGUUUGACGCCACACCAACACAACGUGGAUCCCGGAGGGGGAGGAGGAGGAGGCAGCAUGGUAAUCAAGAGGAAGGAGAUCUUCAGCAAGGACACUUUGUUCAAACCUCCACACAAUGCCUUGUCCACAGGCUACGUGGACAGCAGCUACACCAAGUCCGGCACAUUGCGGAAAGCCUCACAUGCCAAAUCAACAGAGGCCCUAGACAAUCCUGAGCCCCAGCAGCCUUCCAAUUCAGCCACUUCCUCCGCGUCACCCGCAGUUUUACAGGGCUGCUUAGAGCCAAUCGUCCCCUCCGCCUCCUUUGACUAUUAUAAUGUAUCGGACGAUGAGGAAGAGGAAGAGGCAGAGGAGGACUCGCACAAAGAGUUGGCGACGACGGAGGACAACAAGGACCACGGGGAAGGGGGUGGGAACGGCGGUGGUGGCGGCGGCGUCGGGGAGGGAACCAUGCAGUGGCUCCUGGAGCGUGAGAAGGACCACGACCUGCAGCGGAAACUGGAGACCAACCUGACCUUACUCAGCCCCAAGGAGACGGAGAACAGCAGCAUUCAGAAGUCGGCCCACUCUGCCCGUCUGGACAGCAUGGACAGCAGCAGCGUCACGGUGGACAGUGGAUUCAACUCCCCCAGGACACGCGAAAGCCUCGCAUCCAACACAUCCAGCAUCGUGGAAAGCAAUAGACGGCAGAAUCCGGCACUGAGCCCCGGCCACAUCGGCACCAGUGGUAUCGGACUGCCAUUCAGCUUUCGCGCCAUCCCAGAGCCCCCCCACCACGCAGCCUGAGAAACUCCAGAAGCCGCCGAACUGCCUGGCCUCCAUCACCAGCGUCUGACGGGCAGCAAGGACUCAGACCGGGGAGGUGGUGGAGGAGAGAGGGAGCGAGUAGGGGAGGGGGGGGUUUCACCAUUCUGAUCCUCGCAGUCCUCAAACAUCACACACACACACACACACACAUACGAGCAUACACAUUGAAGAAUAAACAAAAAACACGCACUCAUGCUCUCCCCACACACACACACACACACACACACACACACACACACCUACAUCUUCAGACUCCUGAGAAUCCAUUUACUGGGACUGUUACAAAAACAGGCAUGGCUUCAAGAGACUGUUCCCACAGCUUCAAGAACUUUAACUGCAAAAAAAAAAGAGACGAAAAAACGACAGGACAUCAAGAGCCCAGCGGGUGAGGACACCUGCCUGGAGUACUUUGAGUUUGGUGACAUGGACUCUAGUUUGGCUUAUAUCAAGAUUCUUGAUUAUUGGUAUUGGAAAGUAGUAGACUAUAGGAUUCAAGUUACAUUUGGAAAUAUCAAAAAAACUUUUUAUAUUACUUAACAAUACAUGUCCAAUUAAAUGUUCUCCUUCCUGAAA